GAGAGCUCCUUCCGGUCCCAUUGCAUGCCGGGAAGGACUCGUUUCCGUUAGUUGCCCAAGGAUCCCGCGCGCGACGGCUUCCCCCACGUGAAGCCCCGCGUGCCCGGCCCUCUUCUUUCCCCCUCUCCCUCCUCGAACCGGAACCACCCCCCGGGAGAGGGGGAGAACCGGAAGUAGAGGCGUCGGCCCCGGAAGCAGAGCCCGGCGGGAAGGGAGCCCCAGCGCGGCGGCGGCGGCGGCGGCGCCAUGUCCCUCAUCUGCUCCAUCUCCAACGAGGUCCCGGAGCACCCCUGCGUGUCCCCGGUCUCCAACCAUGUGUACGAGCGGAGGCUUAUCGAGAAGUACAUUGCAGAGAAUGGCACCGACCCCAUCAACAACCAGCCCCUGUCUGAGGAGCAGCUGAUUGACAUCAAAGUUGCCCACCCCAUCCGGCCCAAGCCGCCCUCUGCCACCAGCAUCCCGGCCAUCCUGAAGGCCCUGCAGGACGAAUGGGACGCCGUCAUGCUGCACAGCUUCACCCUGCGCCAGCAGCUGCAGACCACCCGCCAGGAGCUGUCCCACGCGCUCUACCAGCACGAUGCCGCCUGCCGUGUCAUUGCCCGUCUCACGAAGGAGGUCACCGCUGCCCGAGAAGCCCUGGCCACGCUGAAGCCCCAGGCCGGGCUCAUCGUGCCCCAGGCGGUGCCAAGCUCCCAGCCCAGUGUUGUGGGCGCCGGCGAGCCGAUGGAUCUGGGAGAGCUGGUGGGAAUGACCCCCGAGAUCAUCCAGAAGCUUCAAGACAAAGCUACGGUGCUCACCACGGAGCGUAAAAAGAGGGGGAAGACGGUGCCGGAGGAGCUGGUGAAGCCAGAGGAGCUCAGCAAGUACCGGCAGGUGGCAUCCCAUGUGGGGCUGCACAGCGCCAGCAUCCCGGGAAUCCUUGCCUUGGACCUCUGCCCGUCAGACACCAACAAGAUCCUCACCGGAGGGGCGGAUAAAAACGUGGUCGUCUUUGACAAGAGCUCCGAGCAGAUCCUGGCCACGCUCAAAGGCCACACCAAGAAGGUCACCAGCGUGGUGUUCCACCCGUCCCAGGACCUGGUGUUUUCUGCCUCCCCGGACGCCACCAUCCGCAUCUGGUCGGUUCCCAACGCCUCUUGCGUGCAGGUUGUCCGGGCCCACGAGAGUGCCGUGACUGGCCUGAGCCUGCACGCCACGGGUGACUACCUGCUGAGCUCUUCGGAUGACCAGUACUGGGCCUUCUCCGACAUCCAGACGGGACGAGUGCUCACCAAGGUCACUGAUGAGACUUCGGGUUGCGCUCUCACCUGCGCUCAGUUCCAUCCUGAUGGGCUCAUUUUUGGGACCGGGACCAUGGACUCUCAAAUCAAGAUCUGGGACCUGAAGGAACGCACCAACGUGGCCAACUUCCCAGGACACUCUGGGCCCAUCACCAGCAUCGCCUUCUCGGAGAACGGCUAUUACUUGGCUACUGCGGCCGACGACUCGUCCGUCAAACUCUGGGAUCUUCGCAAACUCAAGAACUUCAAGACGUUGCAGUUGGACAACAACUUUGAGGUGAAGUCUCUGAUCUUUGACCAGAGCGGCACAUACUUGGCCCUCGGAGGCACCGACGUUCAGAUCUACAUCUGCAAGCAGUGGACAGAAAUCCUCCACUUCACAGAGCACAGCGGCCUGACCACAGGGGUGGCCUUCGGGCACCACGCCAAGUUCAUCGCUUCGACUGGCAUGGACAGGAGCCUCAAGUUCUACAGCCUGUAGGCCCUGUCCCCUACAGAUCCCGAGGCCUUGUCUCUGUAGUGUGGGUAGCAUUUAGGGUGGGGGGUGGGAAGGGGAGAGAGACUGAGGGGAGGGGGGAGGACUUUGGGGAGGGACUCACAGCAUUUCACUCUGGUCUGAACGGUGGCUCAGCCAGUCCCGACUGUCCUAGAGGCCGAAGUCGCCCUGCCCUGUGCCACCGCCUCUGGGCACGGGGCCUGCCCCAGAGCCAGCGCCCCCGGGGAAGAUGAGCCGUUGCCCCGGGGCACCACAGAAGGGGCCUGGCCUGCCCACCUCCAGCUUGCUUUAGCUCCCAGGGAGGCCGAGCCCAGGGGGAGGGGCACAGAACAUGGGCAGGUUUUUGUAAGCAGUGAUCUAGUUUCAUUAAAAAAAAUAAAUGAA